AUGGAGUUGUUUGCAAAGCGAUGGAGGCUAACAAUGGUGGUGGUCGACAGGGUGAGCGACGACGAGACGAACGAUGCGGUGAUCAUUGACCCUGCAAACCCUCCGGAAGUCCUGCCCAUUCUCCAGAAGAAGGCCCAGAGCCUGAACCUCACCGCCAUCAUGAACACACACCACCACUGGGACCACGCCGGCGGGAACAAGAAGAUUCUACAAUCCCUGCCGUCGCCGGUCCCCGUGAUCGGCGGGAAAGACUGCGAGGCCAUGACAAAGACGCCGGCGCACGGGUCGACGUUCAACAUUGGCAAGAACAUCCAGGUGACGGCGUUGCACACGCCAUGUCACACGCAGGACAGUAUCUGCUGGUACAUGGAGGACAAGAAGACCGGGGAGCGGGUCGUGUUUACGGGCGACACGCUCUUCAUCGGCGGGUGCGGCAAGUUCUUUGAAGGCACGGGCGCCGAGAUGCAUGCCGCACUCAACAAAGUCCUUGCGGCCCUGCCGGACGAUACCAAAGUCUACCCGGGCCACGAGUACACGAAAUCCAAUGUCAAGUUCUUGAAGAAAGUCGACCCGUCGAACGAGGCCGUUAAAACGCUGGAACAAUUUGCCAACGAGAACCGCGAGACACAGGGCAAAUUCACCAUUGGCGACGAGAAAAAAUAUAAUGCCUUUAUGCGUGUUCACACCGAGGAUAUGAAGAAGGUCACGGGCAAGACGGAUCCGAAUGAAGUUAUGACCCAGUUGCGCGAGUUGAAGAAUGCGAGUUAA